UUUAUUGGCACAGCAGUCGUCAGCAUCACAGUAAAAUUAACUUUCAGAUACCCAUCAAAAAUGGCAAAACGGAAGGUGGACACUGAGAACCGGGGGUUUCAAACAAGGUGGGAGUCGGAGUAUAUGUUCACGGAGGUAGCUGGAAAACCUGUGUGUCUUCUGUGUGGAGAAAGUGUGGCGGUACUGAAAGAGUAUAAUCUGAGACGACAUUAUGAAACGAAACACGCGGACAAAAACAAGAAUAUGGACAUGGAACAAAGGCUACAAAAGGCAGAGGAAUUAAAACGAGGCCUCAAAUCUCGACAGGCUCUGUUCAAAAAAGCCAAAUCACAAGGCCAGGCUGCUGUCAAGGCCAGUUUUAUUUUGGCAGAAGAGAUCGCUAAAUCAGCCCGGCCAUUUACGGAGGGGGAUUUCAUCAAAAACUGCAUGAUUAAAGUUUGUGACGAAGUUUGCCCAGAAAAAAGGCAACUCUUUUUAAAUGUGAGUCUGAGCAGAAACACCAUUGCCGAGAGAGUAGACCAGUUGUCCAUCAAUCUAAAAGAGCAGCUUGUGAAAAAGGGAAAAGAUUUCAUUGCAUAUUCCUUGGCUGUGGAUGAGAGCACCGACAUUUCUGACAUUGCCCAGUUGUCAAUUUUCAUCCGCGGAGUGGACUCCAGCCUAAGCGUGACAGAGGAGUUUUUGGCUUUACGUCCUAUGCAUGGCACAACUACGGGGCAUGAUUUGUAUGAAGAGGUGUCAAGAUGUGUAAAUGAGAUGGAGCUGCCUUGGGAAAAACUCGUGGGUUUGACAACCGACGGAGCACCUGCGAUGUGUGGACACAGGAGCGGACUGGUGGCGAAGAUACGGGAAAAGAUGCAAGAGGAAAACGCGACAGGUGAGCUGACAGCUUAUCAUUGUAUCAUACACCAGGAAGCGUUGUGCGGUAAAGCCUUGAAAAUGGAGCAUGUAAUGAGCAUCAUCACGCGCACAGUUAACUUUAUCAGAGCCAAAGGUUUGAAUCACCGCCAGUUCAAGGCAUUUCUGACGGAGUUAGAAACGGAGCAUGGUGAUUUGCCUUAUCACACAGAGGUGCGAUGGCUAAGCCAGGGAAAGGUGCUUCAAAGAUGUUUCGAGCUUCGUGAGGAGAUUUGUCUGUUCUUGGACAGCAAAGGGAAAGACACAACACAACUCCGAGACGAAAUGUUUCUGUGUGAAAUGGCUUUUCUGUGUGACAUUACGAGUCAUCUGAAUGCAAUGAACUUGCAGCUGCAGGGUCGGGAUCAUGUCAUCUCUGAUAUGUACAGUACAGUGAAGGCAUUUAAAACCAAACUGACUCUGUGGGAGACGCAGAUGCGGAAAGAAAAUUUGAGCCACUUUCCCAGCUGCCAGACCAUGAAAGAGAAGCUCUCUACCAGUGCGUUCCCGAGCGCACAGUUGGCUGAUAAAAUAGGUAUGCUUGCCGCUGACUUUCGACGCCGAUUUGCUGACUUUGAAGCACAAAAAAGCAGGUUGGAACUGCUCGGUAACCCAUUUGCUGUUGACGUGGAAAGCUCACCACCAAACCUCCAAAUGGAGUUGAUUGACCUCCAAUGCAAUGAUGCACUGAGGGCAAAAUAUGCGUCAGUGGGUGCUGCGGAGUUCGCCCGUUUCCUCCCCGACACAAUGCCCCAGCUGCGCAUCCAGGCUGCUCAAACGUUGUCUAUGUUUGGCAGCACAUACCUGUGUGAACAACUGUUUUCUUUGAUGAACCUGAACAAAACAUCACACAGAAGUCGACUUACUGCUGAACACCUCCACUCAAUUCUGAGGAUUUCCUCAGCUCAGAGCCUUACCCCGAACAUUGAUGAACUUGUGGAAAAGAUGGGACACCACCAAGUAUCACCCUCAACCUCAAACAAGUGAACAUUACUGUGCAAUCACAUAUUUAGAGUUUUUACUCAGUUCAAGUUUAAAAGUUCAAGUUUAAUAUUUGUUUUCACUGCAUGUUACUUCUCCUUAAACAAAGUGUUGUUUUUGAUUAAUAGAUUUUUGCACUUUAUUUUAUUGUAUUUCAAUCCAAUUAUAUUUUAAAAAUAUUUCAGUUGAGUGGAUGAUAGAAAAUUGCUAUUAUUGUUUUUUUCUUUGAAGUAAAUUUAGCCCAUGUCACGAUCGUGUGGCGGAUUAACGGACCAAAAUGCAGCUCUUGGAAAAUAAGCCAUCUUCUUUUAUUAAACAACACGAAGAUGAACACGACACAAAAACACUUUAACAAAACAACAAAACGACCGUGAAGCUACAAACGUUGUGCACAAACUUACAGGCUACUAACGUUCUUACAUAGACAAUUACCCACAAUCAAUGAGAGCCUAUGGCUACCCUAAAUAAGGCUCCCAAUCAGAGACAACCGAAAUCAGCUGUCUCUAAUUGGGAACUCAUUCAGGUAACCAUAGACUCUCCUAGAUAACUAACCAACAUAGACAACUCUAGACAUAUACACUCAACACAAAACCAUCUACUACACCCCAUAACCCCUUUACCAAAUAAACACCCAAAACCAACAAAACAUAAACAUUCCCCAUGUCACACCCUGACCUAACUAAAAUAAUAAAGAAAACAAAGAAUAAUAAGGCCAGGGCGUGACAUAACCCCCCCCUUGAGGCGCGAACUCCGGGCGCACCAUACACAGUCUAGGGGAGGGUCUGGGUGGGCUCCCCUCCACGGUGGCGGCUCCGGCUCUGGUCGUAGUCCCCACGUCACCACAGUACCUAACCACCUCCUAGGCCUCCUCCAAACGACCCCCCUCCACAUUAACCCCAUUGUAUUAAGGGGCAGUUCCGGACUAAGGGACAGCUCCGGACUAAGGUCCAGUACCAGGGUAAGGGGCAGUACCAGGAUCAGGGGCAGUACCAGGGUAAGGGGCAGUACCAGGGUAAGGGGCAGCACCAGGGUAAGGGGCAGCACCAGGGUAAGGGGCAGCUCCGGACUGAAGAAUGGCAGCUCCGGACUGAGGGACUGCAGCUCCGGACUGAGGGAUGGCCCAUGGCUGGCUGACGGAUCUGGCUGCUCAU